AUGGCAAUUCAGGCAGAUAUUCCACCCGAUCUUACCAACGAAGACAAAGCUUCCAUGUUUCAAUUUCUCAAUGCUGAGCUGAACUCAGGAAUUUUCUAUGCGCUAUUGCAUGGCAUAUACACCAGAAUUCUUGCUGUUACAUUGUGGAAUAUAUUUAUCAACAAACGCUGGCCAAUCAAACAAGCCUUGGUCAUCAUUAUUGUUCUCCUCUAUGCUCUGAUUACUAUCAAUGCUGUUGCCAAUUGGUCAUUUAUAUGUUCCGCAUUCAUCAAAAAUGGGAGAAGCUUUUGGACCAUAUUCUCAAAGUUUAAUGGUGUGAACCAAGCAGCCUAUUUGGAGAUGGGUAUUACAGCCUCGAUGAGUACCAUUCUCACAGACUCAUAUAUUCUUACCAUCUUUUUGACUCUAGAUUUGGUGCUGUUGGAUGGUCUGGGGACGUUGCUGGCUUAUUGUUCUGCUUCCAAUCCUUUGCCUAAUUUUUGCAACUGUGCAUCAGACUCAGGUUUCCCAAUGCCCUACUUAUCCCUCAUGCUGGCAACGACAUUAUGGUGCACGCUGCUCAUCAUUUUCCGCAUUUUGACUGUUACCAGGGUCAGACAUGGAGAAGGUGGCCGACUGAGAGUUUAUCACCAUUUUAUUGGAGUGCUAGUGGAAUCCUCCACUCUCUAUUCGAUAGCUCUGGUCCUAUUCUUGGCUUUCUACAUUCGCAAUGGUUUUGGAUCAUUUUACCUUGAUUCCAUAGCCGGCAUUGCGAAGUGUUGUGAAAGGCCGGGCUGGGCCGGGCUUGUGAGGCUUGGGCUGGGCUUUAGCAAGGCUGGGCCUAAUCAAUUCGCAAGCCCAAGCCGCAAGCCCAAGCCCGACAAGGCUGAGGCCAGGCUGAGGCUUGAGCCUGGGCUUGGCAUCCUCACCAUCCUCCAAGAAGCAGUCGUCGGUUAA